GCUCUUUUGCUGCUCCUCCAACCGAACUUGGGGUGGAAAUUCUCUCGUCGGCCGAGAGUAAGAGCGGUGGCGAGCAGCUAAUAGUCAGGAAGAAUACAUAUCGCCGCGUCGAACCUGCUGGCCGCGUAGUGACAGGAGGUGGGAGGACGAGGUGGCAUAUAGCAGCAGGGUAGGGUGUACGCCUUGAAGCCGCUGCCUGCACCUCUGAGGGAAGAAGGAUGGGGAAAAGGAUGAAGAGGCGGCGGAGGCGGCGGGGGGCGAGGGGUAGCGCUGUCGCUGUGAGGAACCCCUGAGGCCGGGGGGCGGGGAAACGCAAGGAGCCCCUCAGUGGGGCGUCGGCGACGACGACGACGACGGCCUCGACCGGGAAGAGCGGGGAGAGAAAGAUGGUCAUUCUUGCGGCGGCCCUGGGCCGGGUGCGGAACGGUCAUCUGUUCUGGAUUUAGCUUACUAGGACAUGAAUGAAGAAUCAUUAACUCAUUACUGGAACUGGGGCCUUUUAGUGGGAGCUUCUAAUUCCUUUACAGUUAUGCUGGCAACUUGUCUGUCUUGAAGAUUCCUUUUUGUAUUCAUACAAAUCUUGACCCACAAUGAAUUCAAGUUUGUGGAGUCAAGAAAAAGGCAGCACAUCCUACUGGGAAGAGCGUAUAUUUUAUUUGCUUCUCCAGGAAUGCAGCAUUAUAGACAAACAGACUCAAAAGCUAUUAAAAGUACCCAAGGGUAGCAUAGGUCAGUUUGUUCAAGACCGUCCUUCAGGAGGACACACCAGAAGCAACCCUUCAUCUAAAAGCAAAAAAUUGCAAAUAGGAAUCAAGAUUUUGGAGCAGCCCCAUGCAGUUCUGUUUGUGGACGAGAAAGAAGUUGUUGAUAUAGAUGAGAAACGAGCAGAGCUGCUGUUGGCGAUUACCAAUUGUGAGGAGCGAUACAGUAUAUUUAAAAGCAAAGGCAGACUGAGCAAGGGUCUCCACAUUGAUGUUGGCUCACCGGUGAAAGUACAACUGCGAUCAGGAGAUGAGAAGUAUCCUGGAGUUGUUCGCUUUAGAGGACCCUUGAUACAAGAAAGGUCGCUCUCUGGGAUAUUUUUUGGAGUGGAGCUUCUGGAAGAAGGUCGUGGUCAGGGUUUUACUGAUGGACAGUACCAAGGCAAACAGCUGUUCAGAUGUGACGAGGACUGUGGAGUGUUUGUUGCACUAGACAAACUAGAGCUGAUGGAAGAUGAUGACAAUGAGCUGGAAAAUGACUAUGCAGCUCCAGUUGACUCAAUGCAGGUAGAACUUCCUCCUUUGGAACUCAACUCCAGGGUUUCUGUGAAGAUAGGAAAGAAUAUAGAGUAUGGGACAGUUAUAUUCUGUGAUGUCUUACCAGGAAACGAGAGUUUAGGCUACGUUGUUGGAGUGGACAUGGACAAUCCAAUUGGAAAUUGGGAUGGAAGAUACAAUGGUCAACAGCUCUGCAGUUUUGCAAGUGUUGAAAGCACACUUCUCUUGCAUAUCAAUGAUGUUAUCCCAGAGGUUGUGUCUCAGGAUAGGAGACCUCCCAAACUUGCCUUUACCUCUAGAAGUGGCUGCGAUAAAGGAUUCAAUCACAGUAAGCCAAAGUCUGCAGGUGCACUCUCUGACCCUGGAAAUAGAAACAGAUCAGAAUUUUUCUACACUUUAAAUGGCUCUUCAGUAGAUUCCCAACUGCAGGCGAAAUCAAAAAACACAUGGUAUAUUGAUGAAGUUGCUGAAGAUUCUGCAAAAUCCCUUAACGACACCUCUCCUGGGUUUGGGCACUCUUCACCACCGCUACAGCCUCCCCCGACGAGUACUUUAUCUGCCGAAAACCGAUUUCAUUCCCUGCCUUUCAGUCUGACUAAGAUGUCCAGCAGCAACAAUGCUAUUGGGCAUAGCCCACUCUCUUUAUCCGUACAGUCGGUUAUUGGAGAGGGGAAUGCAGGGGCCACCCAGGAGAGUCCACCAUCAACAGUAGUGCCCAUCAACAUGCAUGGGCUUGAAGCAGGUUCCCUGGCGGAAGUGAAGGAGAACCCUCCUUUCUACGGAGUAAUCCGUUGGAUUGGGCAGCCGCCAGGAGUCAACGAAGUGCUUGCGGGGCUUGAACUGGAAGACGAAUGUGCAGGCUGUACUGAUGGAACAUUUAAAGGAACUCGAUACUUUACCUGUGCACCCAAGAAGGCUCUGUUUGUUAAGCUGAAGAGCUGCAGGCCAGAUUCCAGAUUUGCUUCAUUGCAGCCUGUGUCCAACCAGAUUGAACGCUGCAACUCCUUAGCUUUUGGAGGUUACCUAAGUGAAGUGGUUGAAGAAAACACUCCCCCCAAAAUGGAAAAAGAAGGUUUAGAAACAAUGAUUGGAAAGAAGAAAGGAAUUCAGGGCCAUUAUAAUUCCUGCUACUUGGAUUCCACCUUAUUCUGCCUCUUUGCAUUCAGCUCUGUGUUGGACACAGUCUUGCUUAGACCGAAAGAGAAAAAUGAUGUAGAAUAUUACAGUGAAACUCAAGAGCUCCUGCGGACAGAGAUAGUAAAUCCUCUCAGAAUAUACGGAUAUGUGUGCGCAACAAAAAUAAUGAAGCUGAGGAAGAUCCUGGAAAAAGUUGAAGCAGCAUCAGGGUUCACCUCUGAAGAGAAAGAUCCAGAAGAAUUCUUGAAUAUUUUGUUUCAUCACAUUUUGAGAGUAGAGCCGCUAUUAAAAAUAAGAUCAGCAGGUCAAAAGGUUCAAGACUGCUACUUCUAUCAGAUUUUUAUGGACAAGAAUGAGAAGGUUGGCGUUCCUACAAUUCAGCAGUUACUGGAAUGGUCUUUCAUCAACAGCAACUUGAAAUUUGCCGAGGCACCUUCAUGUCUGAUUAUUCAAAUGCCUCGAUUCGGAAAGGACUUCAAAAUGUUCAACAAAAUCUUUCCCUCCCUGGAAUUAAAUAUCACAGACCUACUGGAAGACACUCCUAGACAGUGCCGCAUUUGUGGAGGGCUUGCAAUGUACGAAUGCCGAGAAUGCUACGAAGAUACAGACAUUUCUGCUGGGAAAAUCAAGCAGUUUUGCAAAACAUGUAACACACAAGUUCACCUCCAUCCCAAAAGGCAAAGUCAUAAAUUCAACCCAGUGUCUCUUCCUAAAGAUCUACCAGAUUGGGAUUGGAGACAUGGCUGCAUACCUUGUCAGAAGAUGGAGUUGUUUGCUGUGCUUUGUAUAGAGACAAGCCACUAUGUGGCUUUCGUUAAAUACGGCAAGGGGGACUCUGCCUGGCUCUUCUUUGACAGUAUGGCUGAUCGGGAUGGAGGCCAGAAUGGCUUUAAUAUCCCUCAAGUGACUCCAUGCCCUGAAGUUAGCGAGUACCUGAAAAUGUCUCUUGAAGAAUUGCAUUCACUGGACUCAAGAAGAAUUCAAGGCUGUGCACGAAGGCUACUUUGUGACGCUUAUAUGUGCAUGUAUCAGAGCCCAACCAUGAGCUUGUACAAGUGAAAGUUGUCAUCUGGGAAGAAGGGAGCAGCUUCUCAAUGACUUGACUGUGACCCAAGAAGGCUCAGCAGGACUGUUGGCUCAUUUGCUUGUGCAUCUGUUGCCGGCAAUGGAUGCUUCAAAGGGAGUGGAAAGCAAAUGUCUGCAACAAAAGUGCAUAUUUUAAAGAAGGGAAAAAACCUUACAAUGCAAAGUUCUAAUGCUAAAGUACUUAAUAAGCAUUUUGCACUCUAGGAAGCGUGUGUGUGUGAGCGUGUGGGUUUUUUUUAAAAAAAUAAAAAGUUUAAAUGAAGCUAUUAAAAUGUUUAGGCUGCAUUUUCAGAGGAGUUGUGUACAUGGAGUGAAGUUUAUGUGUUUCAAAAUCGCCUUGUGGGACUUUCUGCUUAGACCUCAUCCAGAGAACCACACAUCCUAAGGACAGGACUGUGUUAAUGUUUGUGUUUUCUCCAGCAUUGUAUAGGCUGUACAGUUAAGGUACUUAACCUCUGUAAUACACUGGAUGGUGAGCUGAA